AUGGGAGACGAUUCUUCUAGUGAAAUAGUUCUUGCCGAGAGAGUGGAUCAUGAUAGCGAUGAGGUAAGCAUAGUGGAGAUUGUUAGAGAAGGCAGGAAAUUGCCCAAUGAGAGAAGAAAAGGAUCUGGAAGAGCUGAAUCUUCUAGGAAAGGAAGAAAGCGAGCUGUAGAAGAAAACCCGAAUGAUGAAGAUGAUAGAAAAAGGCUUAAGGAUGACUCCUACAGAGGAAAAGGACUGUGCAGAGUAACGGUUGUUGACCAGGGCCUGGAGAGAAUAUUCCAUCUAAAGAGUACAGAUACAUUAGAGGACAUAUAUAAGGUUUACCAUAGGGAAGAUUCUCCAAUAAAGAUGAAGUACAAGUCGGUUCCUAUAUCAAGGCAUCUAACGCUAGAAGAGAUAGGAUUUGACGAAAGCCAUUGGAUUAUGAUUCAUAGGCAGGGGCAGACUUCGAGAGAAGCAGGAAUUAGGCUGAAAAUAAAUGUUGACUACGCUAAAGUAGUUGAACUCAGCGUUUCUAAGGAGCUUUCGGUUGAAGGAAUUUUCGAACGGCUUGGAGAGAUGGGAUUUGAAGGAGACCUUUUGGUUAGAAACGGAGUUGUUCUGAAUCCCAAGGCAAGCACAGCUGAUGUUACAAGGCCAGGAGAUAUUAUAGAUCUUGUGAGUAAAGACGAGAUUGUUUAUAGAGGCUAA